CAAAAAUUAAAAGUCGCUGCAACCAUUUACGAUAUAUAUCUAAAAAAUAAAAAAGGUAAACAUUUCGGUCUCGAACUAAUUCAUAAAUUACCGCUCGUAGCCUGAAAAUGCGCAUGCGCAUAAACCGAGAAAAAAGCAAAAUGGCGGACGCAAACCAGAAAAAACGACGAGGUCCUAAAAGUUACUUGACGGAAAGUGCAAGAAAACGAAGGAAAAAAGAAUCAGAACAGAGAAGAGGAGAGGCGAGAAUCUACAUAAGCAAAGAGAUAGAUAGAUGGCGAAAGGUAAAGGAAGAUCUCGCACUGGAGACUGAUUCUAAAUUAGCGAAGCUGCUUCUUGACAGUUAUGAAUUUAAGAAAAUAUCAGAUAAAUCCACCACUUCAACCGGCCACAUCCAUAUGCAUUCCACACCUGCAAGAAGAUAUAUACCUCCACGAGAGUAUUCAGAAAGUGAAGUCACUAUAAGUGGUCGAGAAAUGUCAGGAGUGUUUGUGCAAGAAUGUUGGAAAGACAUGUCAUUGCCUGGACCAUCCGCAAGUGAUUUUCAGAAUCAACAUAUUCAGAAGGCCGAUAUCACUACCAAAGAGGCGAGCAGCUUCAUGAAUCCUUUUGACUUAACAAUAGAUGUCACUGAAAAUGUCGACGAGGAUGACCAAACCACUGAUGAUGAGGAUUAUGAACCAAGUUUCGACAUCACUCUCAGGAAUGUUAGACAAAGGAUUGCAGACCAUUGAAGCAAUGGAUUCAUGGUGUUGUGAACCACUUCUGGCAUGUCUGUCAGAAUGCCAGUACAUAUUCGGAGUUCGUGGUACCACAGAACUUACAACAAGAAAAGUGGAAGGUGGUCCGCUGUGCCCUACAAAGUGAAAAAGAAAUACAGCUACAUCAGUGACCUGAUUUCUGCUGUAGUUGAAAAGAGGCUA